AUGGCUUCGUCUUCGUCCCUAUCGACCAAUACCAGUGAGAUGAGCUCCAAACCCUCGAUAACGAUACCGACACCAACUACGUCCGCUCACAGACCUGAUAUGAAAGGUCGCAGUGCCAGUGACGACUCACAUAAUGCCAUCACCAGUUCAAGAACUUUGUCUCCCGCAACCACGCUCUCCCCGCUGUCAAUGGAGUCUUCAUCACCCCCGACGAAAGGUCAUCUCAGUUUCCCCUUCCCCUUCCCCUUCCCCAGAUCACGGUCCAAGUCCCCAAGGCCCCCACCACUAGACAUCAGCAUUCCGUCCUCCUCCUCCUCCUCAUCCAACAACAUCAAGCGCACCCAGAGCUCGCCCAUCCCGGUUCCGGGGUCUUCUUCUCACGACCACCACCCACGGACGCCGCGAUACACGUCCGACGGCGCCAUAUCCCCCUCAGCCACGAGCCCGUCGUCUCCGGACCUGCAGAAACGCGACAGCUGGAUCCAGAAGAAGUCGCGGCAUAGCGGCAGCUCGCCCGGGGGAUAUGGACGGCACAGCGACGACUGGCUGUUUGGCGGCAUCAGCUUGACCCAGACGGCCAAAGAGAUUGUGCAUCGCGGCAGGAGUAAGAAAGAGGAGUACGGUACCCCUUCUGGGAAUCGUUGA